CGAACAGCCAUGUUUGGAGCGGCGCCCGACAUCCGGCGCGUCGGGCUCGUCUUCGACCCGCGCGUGCCCCAGAGCCUCGGCUUCAACUCGUGGGUCCACACGGGCGGCAUCAACACGGAAUGGGACAUACCCGGCCUGCCCGAGCCCGGGUACAAGCCCGACGCCGUCCGGCGCGUCCAGGCAUUCUAUAGAGCUUCGGGCGGCCUCAUCCAGCCCACGCGCCCCGAGCUGAACCGCUGGGAACUGUUGCUUAUCCUGCCGGCCAGGGCGGUCGAGAUACUGCUGGAGGACGGCGAGUGGAUGAGAUGGGUCGACAGGGUGGUUCGUUGACUUUGGAGCAGCAGCGAUGUCGUCUGCCAGUGGUUUCUUUGGUUUCUGGUUUUUUUGGUUGGGGUGGCGGGCUUGGCUGGUGGUUUUGUUUUGUUUGUCUUGUUAUUCAUUCAUUUUUCUCCUUCCUUCGGCUCUUUGACUCAGGCUUAUUACAUCC